AUGUUGGCUCUUCGUGACCAGGAAAAUCUGGUAAACACGCACCAGACCGCCGCGGCAGCUAAGCCUUUGAACCAAACCAAGCAACUAGCACCGAAGACCCCCGGCAAGGCGCGCAAUGAUGAGAACAACCCACUAGUAUUUGGAAACCGCACCGGGAAAGGGAAAGGAACCCGACAGGAUGGAAAAGCGGCAAUCAACGCGUUUGUUACGCCGAUGGUGAAAGACCGUGCUCCACUGGGCAUGAAAACGACCAAUCUUAGAGCCAACAACCUCCAGACCCCAGCUCCCUUUGGAGGAACCACCAAGCAACCGAAAACAAACCGAAGACUCUCGACUGCCCAGAAGAUCAAGAAAGCUGCUCCUGUGGCACAGCAACCACAGACUAAGGUCCUCAACGAGGUGGUCUUGGAUGAUGUGCCCGAUAUUGAAUACAUGCCACCCAAGCCGACAGAUCUUCCGGACCUUCCAGAUGACGUGACAUACGAUACCACAUUUCCACAAUUUCGACCACAGAAUCGGGCAUUGGGCUUGGAAAGUGUGUACGGGAAACAACAAAUUGGUAGUGAUGGCCUUACAGCAAAGCAGCGCAAGUUCAAGGAGGAUUCAGCUGCAUACGACAAGAUGGUAGAUAAGAUGAUUCUGGAGCAGCUUGACAGCGUUGGAUUUGACACUUAUGGUGAGAGCGAGUCUACAAAGCCAACUCAGCCGCAUGCCAUUCCCCCAAAGAGAUCCACGGCCACCACACGACAGACCCGCAGUGUAUCUACUCUUCGAGCCCGCGAUGCUGCCGCCGCGCUUGCGGGAACGCAACCAUCUGCCACACCUCGCGCGGUUUCAAACGCAAGGCCCCGGGUGGCGUCAUUGGCGUCGUCUUUAGUUAUUCCCAAGAGGCACGCCAGGGUCCCGUCCAAUCCCUCUUCCAUGCGCAACACCGCCGCCUCCGUCAACUCUCGGACAACAGUUGGUUAUUCCAAAGGACGUAGUGUAUCGUCGAAUCUGCGAGAGAAUACAUCCCAGACACAACAUGCCAUGAGCUCCGAGGUGUUGUCUCCCGAAACCUACAUGCAGUUGUAUGGACCGCCUCCGCUGGACUCGGAAAUGUGGACUCGUUGCAAAGCUGCUGGCUGCUUCGAUCCACCGGGAGAAAGCUCACAGGAAUUGGAGGGAUCACUGCCUACCUUUGCCGAAGAUGAGGAGGCCGAGAACUUCCAGCUCACUUUGUAA